AUGGAAUUUAAAAAGAUUUUAAUAGUAACUAUAAUUUUUAUUGAAAUUGUUUUUGGUGGUGGAAAUCCAAUUUUCUUAGAAAAUAAAAUUAGUUUGGGAAAGAAUCAAUUACAAGCUAAUUAUCCAGUAUUUGAUAUUCCAGCUAAUUAUGUAACAAUUUUUACCUUAAAAAUUGAUGAUUCAAUUAAAAAUUCAGAUAUUAAUAUUAAUAUUGGUUCACAAAAAGAGAAUGGUAAUGAUUUAAUUUUAUUACAAUUUAAUGAAUUAAAUUAUGUUCAAGGAAAUACACCAUUCUUAGUUCAACUAUGUACAAAUUCAGAUGAAGAAUUAUUUAAUAUAACAUGUUUAAAUUAUGAUAAUUCUGAUUGUAAACUAUCAAUUUCAGUCAAUGCAUCAAAUUCAAAAAGUUUUUGUUCUCAAACUCUUGAUACAUCCACUUUUGAUGAAUUUUUAAAAAACUUUUUCGAUUUUGGUUUCCCACAACUUGGUCAAUUUUCUAAUGAAAAUCAACCACAACAACAACCACAACAACAACCACCACCACAACAACAACCACCACAGCAAGGACAAGAAGAACAGGUACAAGGACAACAACAACAACAACAACAAGAACAAUCAAAUGGAAACCAACAAAAUCAAGAUAAUAGUGAAGAUAAUGGUGAAUUAAGACCUCUAAUUAAAAGCCAACAACAACAAAAUCAACCAAAAUUGAAAAUAUCAAGAUUUAAUGAUGAAACUAGUAAUUGGUUUAAUAAUUUUUUUAAAAAUAAUUUUUAA